AUGGCUCUGUUACUAUCUCUCAGCCUUCUUGCCACAACAAUCUCAGCCCAACAGAUUGGGACGCCAGAAAUCCGGCCACGUCUUACUACCUACCACUGUACUUCCGCCAACGGCUGUACAGAGCAGAAUACCUCUGUGGUGCUCGAUGCCGCCACGCACCCCAUCCACGAUGCAUCCAACCCCAGUGUCUCCUGCACCACCUCAAAUGGGCUAAACCCUGCUCUAUGCCCAGACAAGCAGACUUGCGCAGACAACUGCGUCAUCGACGGCAUAACUGACUAUGCUGCGCACGGAGUCGAAACCCAUGGGUCGCGGUUGACACUCACUCAAUACCGAAACGUGAACGGGGCGCUCUCCUCUGUUUCACCGAGGGUCUAUCUCGUUGAUGAGUCCGACCCUGAUGAGCAGGAGUAUCGAGCCUUGUCCCUGCUCGCCCAAGAAUUUACCUUCACUGUCAACGUCUCCGCGCUCCCAUGCGGGAUGAACGGCGCGCUAUAUCUCUCCGAAAUGUCUCCCUCCGGCGGGCGCAGCGCGCUCAACCCCGCCGGAGCCUCCUAUGGCACAGGCUACUGCGAUGCCCAAUGUUAUGUGAAUCCCUGGAUCAACGGCGAGGGAAACAUCAACGGCUACGGAGCCUGCUGCAACGAGAUGGACAUCUGGGAGGCUAAUUCGCGGAGUACGGGGUUCACGCCUCAUGCUUGUUUAUAUGAGCCGGAGGAAACUGAGGGAAGAGGGGUAUACGAAUGCGCCUCCGAAGAUGAGUGCGAUAGCGCGGGCGAGAAUGACGGCAUCUGCGAUAAGUGGGGAUGCGGCUUUAACCCGUAUGCUCUGGGAAAUACAGAGUACUACGGCCGUGGCCAAGGGUUUGAAGUCGACACUAAAGAGCCCUUCACGGUCGUGACACAGUUCCUGACGGAUGACGGAACAAGUACAGGUGCUUUAACCGAGAUUAGACGGCUAUAUAUCCAAAACGGGCAGGUCAUCGAGAACGCAGUUGUCUCGUCUGGUGCAGACUCGCUGACCGAUUCCCUCUGCGCCUCUACCGCGUCAUGGUUCGACUCAUACGGAGGAAUGGAAGGGAUGGGAAGGGCGCUUGGCCGUGGGAUGGUCCUCGCCAUGAGUAUCUGGAAUGAUGCGGGUGGCUACAUGCAGUGGCUCGACGGUGGGGAUGCAGGACCCUGUAAUGCCACCGAGGGCGCACCGGAAUUUAUUGAGGAGCAUACGCCGUGGACAAGGGUUGUCUUUGAAGAUUUGAAGUGGGGUGAUAUUGGCAGUACUUUCCAGGCGUCUUAG